AUGCUCACUCACUCUGGCGUCGACGCUUUCAACCGCUAUUUAAACACAACAGUUGGCCGCGAAAAGCUCUGUCGUCUUGUUCAAUACUUUGCUCGAUUCUAUGCCUUCUACUUGUUCCGUAAUGGUGCUCCCAAGGACACUAUUCAGCGCUGGGUCAACCUCAAGACCCAUCUCGGUAAUGGCCGUAAGUUCUUUCGUCUCCUGAAGCCUGUUGAGUUCGCUCAAACUGGUGUCAAGAGCUUGAGCAUUCAAGAUGAAGUAUUGCGAUUCACUGCUGUUGCCAAGCAAGCUGGUAUGUUUUUUUACUAUUUAAGUGAAAUGUUUGUAUUGUCCAACUCGAUCAACUUUUACAAGCCUGCCAAUAUCAAAAAGAUUACCGAGUUUGGUCAGAAAUGUUGGUUUGCCGCCAUUGCAGCCUCUUUGAUCUCUGGUUUGUACAAAUUCAAGCAAUUGAGUGUUCGUGAGCAUAUGCUUGAGAAGUCUCGUAAGGCUAUCGUCAACACUGAGGAGAAAUCAGAAAGCCAAAUUGCCGAUUUGAAGGCCCAAGAAAAGGCAUUAGCCAGAGACAAAUACACUACUAGAUACGCCUUCAUUUCAGAUGCUGUUGAUAUUAUUAUUCCAUCUGCUGGUUUGGGUUGGUUAAAGGCUGAUGAGGGCAUUGUUGGCCUUGCUGGUAUUACCACUUCUUUAUUGGCUAUGAAUACCCAAUGGAAGAAGUUGAAUGGUUAA